CAAUCACUCCCAUCAAUAUGUCCUAGGCUAUUGGUUAUUUCUAUCAACAUUCUGUCAAUGAAAUGUUAUUAUCCGAAGACAACAUUCAGAAAUACUAUUCAUUUUGUCGAAGUGUUUGUUGACCGUUUUGGGUGGUCUCAUUGGUCAACAGUAUUUCGAUUAGCGAGUCAUACUAGAUACUUGUGUGUCGCUAGCUACUUUCAGGAAACGCUUGCUGACAAGCUAACAUGGCUUGCAUAAACGAGCUUGGAAGGCAGCAAGCUAGCUAGGGUUAAACUAAAACAAAGUAAGCAGCAGAAGGGCUUUCUUGUCGCUAUGGAAGUUUUAUUCUGACAUUAGCUAUUGAAAACAGCGAUUUAAAGCCUCAUUUAGCUAGCUAGCUACUAGCUAACUAGCGCCUAGCUACCUAGAAAGAAGCCAAGUAAACUUACAAGGGACCGAAGUCACAGCACAGCAGGUAUGUAACUUUCUCAUUUUAUAGAUAAAGGUACAAGUGGCUAAAUCUAAACUACCGGCAUUGAACUGAAACAAUAGCUAGCUACGUUGCAAAUUUGCUUGGUCAUUGUCAGCCAAAUGACAAUACAAAAUGGGAACGUUUUCCAGCUAGCUUGUGUGUUAAUUAUCUAACGUUAACGAUAUGGUUCUUUACUUUGGGCACAUACUGGGAUAACUAACUAGCAAUAAUGUGGGUUGUUAACGUUAUAUCGGUAACUAACAAACUAGAUUUCUUCAGUGGAUUGGUUAUUGCCACCCCAGUUUCAAAUGUCACUUGGCAAUUGUAUCCUCUUUAUCUCUCUCCCUUUUUAUGUCCCUGCAAGCCAUGGCAGAUGAAAGCACACAGUUCUGUGCCAAUUGGUAAGUACACGUUAUAUACAAAAGUAUGUGGACACCCCUAGUGGAUUCGGCUAUUUCAGCCACACCCGUUGCUGACAGGUGUAUAAAAUCGAGCACACCGCCAUGCAAUCUCCAUAGACAAACAUUGGCAGUAGAAUGGCGUUUCUGAAGAGCUCAGUGACUUUCAACGUGGCGCCGUCAUAGGAUGCCACCUUUCCAACAAGUCAGUUCGUCAAAUUUCUGCCCUGCUAGAGCUGCCCCGGUCAACUGUGCUGUUAUUGUGUAGUGGAAACUUCUAGGAGCAACAACAGCUCAGACACGAAGUGGGAGGCCACACAAGCUCACAGAACGGGACUGCUGAAUUGCAUAGCGCUUAAAAAUUGUCUGUCCUCGGUUGCAACACUCUACCGAGUUCCAAACUGCCUCUGGAAGCAACGUCAGCACAUCGAACACCUUUGGGAUGAAUUGGACCGCCGACUGCAAGCCAGGCCUAAUUGCCGAACAUCGGUGCCCAACCUCACUAAUGCUCUUGUGGCUGAAUGGAAGCAAGUCCCCGCAGCAAUUUUCCAACGUCUAGUGGAAACCCUUUCCAGAAGAGUGGAGGCUGUUAUACCAGCAAAGGGGGGACCAACUCUAUAUUAAUGCCCAUGAUUUUGGAAUGAAAUGUUUGACGAGCAGGUGUCCACAUACUUUUGGUCAUGUAGUGUAUCAAGAUUCAGGCAAGUUGAGAAGUAGGGACAAUGUUAGAUACACAUUCUGUCUGACUUGCUGUCUUUCUUGCUCUUUUUCAUCUCUCUCGCUCUCUCUCCCACUCUCUAGUCAGCAUGACAUUCCAGAGGCUAAUUUCACUACUCAUGAGAUUCACUGUCGCCGGAAUAUUGCUCUGUGUGAUGUGUGCCAAGAGCCAGUGCCCCGUUCAGAUCUGCAGCAGCACAAGGAACAGGAGCACAUGCAGGUACGGUGCUAAAGAUGGAGAGGGCGGGAGUUGGGAAGUGGGUGAACUAGAAACUUGAGUGAACAUCAUCCCAAAGUUGCUGUACAAUUGUUACACAGGAGGCUUCACAAACAUUUUAUUUUAAUUUCAGGUGAAAUGUAAGUGUGGUUUAAAGGUUGAGAAAAGCCUAAUGGAAUCCCACCAGGUAUGUACAACUUGUAUUAGGAUGGAGAUCUUCUCACCUUCCCGACUUGUGAUGGCCACAGAUAAUGUAUUUCAUGGUAACUGAGACUGUGCCUUUUCAUCUGACCUCUCUUUUCCAGAGCUCUGAGUGUAAUCAGCGGAUGGUGCCGUGUCAGUACUGUGAACUGGAGCUGGUUUUCAGUCAGUCUAAGGAGCAUGAGGAUUAUUGUGGGACGCGCACAGAGCCUUGUCCAUUCUGCAAGUGCAAUGUAAUGUUGAGGGAUCAAGCUGUCCACCCAGCCUUGUGUGGUAGCCUCACACCUCCUCAAGAGAGGAACAACAGCCGGGCAAGUCACAGCCUAGCGGAGACCCAGUCUCCAGGAGCAUGGUUUGAAUCUCACUCCAUCCGUAACUUGCUGAGGGCCCAGGAGGGAGGAGGCCACAAGAACAACAACGCCAGUGCGUCUGACCGCAGGGCCCUACCACGGCCACUGGAGGCCAGAGUGCACAACAGCACCCGGGGGCAAGUGGGCCUGGGAGGAAGGGGGAACAUUGCCCCUAGGAAUACAGACUUCAGCCACUGUAAGUCCGCCAAUGGCUCAUGCAAAGUGUUCAAGUUUUAACAUUAUGCGAAAACCAUUUACUUCAACUUAGUCUGGUAUUGAUAAAACGCCCUGGCCCAUAUUAAAGUGGAAAACUGUUUCACUGGAAUAACUUUUUUGUGUGAUUGUAAAAAUAUCUCAUGUGUUGUCCCCCAGUGCUGGAACAGGAAGCCGCAGUGCAGGGCAACAACAAUAACAGCAUGGCUUCAUUGGCAUCACUGGGAGAAGACUCUGCCAGCCUGGACUACCUACUGGCCCUCAGCCUGCAGAGUGAUGGAGACACAGGGGGAGGAGAGGGGGCAUUGUGGACAGAUGUCUGGGACCACAAAUUUGGAAGGAUGUCCAACAGCGGCUCUCCCAUCUCUCCCCCUAACAACUACUACCAGCAUAUCACCACUGGCACCAAUACAGCACCAGAACAUGACCAGACAGGUCAGAUACUGUACUAAAAUACCAGUUAUUGUCCUAGUUGGUUUUCAUGUGAGAUUGAUAUUGUUACAGUAUGCUGCCCUCCUCUCCUUUUUACUUUUUAAAUUUUGACAUUCUUCAACCCUGUGAUGAUUAAAAAUAUGUUCAGAAUAAAAUCAUAUGUUUCUUACUGUACCCAUUAUUUCUCUGCUCUUUUUCUCCAAUGUAGACACCAUGUUGCCCUGUGAGUUCUGUGAGGAGCUGUUUCCUGGAGAGGACCUUAUUUUACACCAGGUUAGAAGGAUCUUAUGCUGCUUAGCCUACAAGUCACGCUAAUGCCAUGGAAGCUGAGCCUGAGCCGGCCAGGGAAUCCAUUUCCUUUAUAUGUUGCAGCAGUUAGUUAUAAACUCAGGCCCUCUCGUGCCCCUUAUUUCCUUACUGUGAGUGCAUGUUUCGUUGCUCUCGUUCACUCCCUCUGGACUAGUUUCCUAGAUGCCCCUCCUGAAUACAGUUAAUUCUUUUUUUUGACAAUUUGUCUUUUUGUUUUUCUACAGAGCUGUCAAAUCAAUAUACAUCUCCCUCCCUCCCAACACCUACACCCCAACACACACACACACACACACACACACACACAAAUUAUCACAGAGGGAUCCACAAACAAAGCACGAAGGCAAAAAAUCUAUCCAAAACAAACUGACAUACAGAAACAACACAACACAAAAACAGUUCAUUAUUGUUCACUGUCCAUUUUGUGUCUUGCACUUGGUAUCCCCCCACCUCCUUUAAGAACAUAAUUAUGUAACGUAAAUAGUUACUGAGGAAUGCCACAAUCUGUGACUGUUAGAACUGUUAGCAAUUUUCCAUCUCAGGGCUGAUCGAUAGUGUGUUUCAUUUGGUAAUCACCUGAGGGUAGCUAGCCACGACCUAUCUGUUUAGCAGAAAUAAAAAAAAAUCCUCACACCUGUCUUUGUUGUCUUUCAGACUGGUUGUAGUCCAGCCUCAGCCUUUGCAUCUUUCAGCAAGCGACCUCCAUCUCCAUGCUAUGAUGACAGGAUUGCUAGGGGUGCUGGUGGUCUUCUGCACAUCCCACCUGACAACCCUAGCUUCCCCUCCUUCCCCCGUUCAGUCUCCCCGCUCUCCUGCAGUCCACCUGCCAGUCCACUACAGAGAGACGUGGUCAUUCCCUGUGAGUUCUGUGGAGUGGCCCUGGAGGAGACCGUUGUCUUUCACCACCAGGUACAUUAUUUACAGUGCAAGAGAUGGUACUGUAUAAUGUAGAUCAUGUUCAAAUAGUGUAUGCCAGUAAGGUCAAAUAGUCCUGUCACAUUACCAAUGUUUCGACAGGGGUAGAAAAAAUCUGAUAACACUUUGCUACCAUUCCUGUGUAUUAACAUUGUAAUUAAUCCAGUAUUUUCAUUGCACUAACAUGCUGUUCCAUAGUAAUUACCUAGUAAUCAAGUAGAGCUUGACACUUUGUUUACAGGAUAAAUGUGACCUCCGACCUCGCACUGCUCCCUCAGUGGAUAAGGUCAACAAAGUGUCCUUUCAAAAACCAUCUCUUCCUCUCAAAGAGAGCCAUGGACGGAGCUCCCCUGAGGUGCAGAGGAGACUCAAGCACCAAUGUAAGACACUGAACCCCACAUUCACCAAUGCAUAAUAAUUUUGAACACUGAUUUCUUGAAAACAAAGUCAAUGUUGCUUGGGUUCCAUCUAUCCACCUAUGUAUAAUUAUUUACAUCAAAUUCAGAGACUAAUUUUGUGUGUGCACGCUUGUGUCUAAAGCGGACCCCUUGGAUGGGCUGGACAGAGGGCUGCCCCAGGUGCGAAGCCCAAAUGAAUGGCAGAGAGUCCGCAGUGGGCUACCCAUUCCAGGGAAGAUCUCAAACUGUGAUCCUCAGGUGAAGAACAGGCCCCAGCAUGGCAGUGAGGCAGAGGGAGGCCACAAAUCCAACUCUGCAGCAGGUGUGGGGUAAGAACAAUGACACUUGCUGUAAUAAUGUAAUUUUAACAUUUGUUUAAUAUGUUUUGGUACAACUUCAUUUGAAAAUUGUUUGGGUACCUCAUAUUUGGAUUACGUUUUGUGUUACAGAACUAGGGUUGAAUGUGUUUUCUUUUGUAUAAUAUAAUGAUAAGGCUAACAAAUGUAACGAAAUAUGUUGUAUCCAUCUGACAGACCACCCCUAAUAGAAAAUGAGGGACCAAGGAAUAAGGGACCAAGGAAUGCAGGGCCAUCAAAGGUUAACAAACAAUCCUUAUUUCUUUAGAGCCUCUAUGGUGGCCAUAAUUAUUUGUUUAUAGUUUAAUGUUUUUCUGUAACAACAUUCAUUUCUAGGUGCCUAAGAAGCAAAACAAAGAACAGGAAGGGGAGUGAGGGCAAGACUGUCGAUGGACAGAGCUGCAGGCAAUCACCAAAUGCUUUUUGUGUGUGCUCUAGACUGUCGCUCUAACAGUGGUGGCGUUCCUGGCUGACUACAUUGCAGA